AUAUACUGGGUCCCCCGCCAGCCGACGUCAGUAGUACAACAAAGCUUCACCUACAUACUCCAUUGCAGUAUCAAACAUACUCAAAACAAAAUGUCCCUCCCUACGGUCACCAUUCGUGAGCUCUCCGACGCGGUCCAAGACAACACACUUGGACCCAGCACCAAGAAAGUAGUCGAAGGUCUGCUGAACGACUACAUGGACUUACAAUACGGCAAGGAGACCCCAUACACGACAGGAAAGCAAGUCAUUCCCUCAGGAGCGACCCUUGAAGACGUAGAAAAGUCUGUAGGAGACGAGAGUGUCGCCAAGAAGUUCCACGACGUCUUCUCCACCAUCGAAAAGACUGCCAAGAGUGGGGAUCUGACACCCGUGUCCUCCAAUGAUGGGACCUGGGACCCCAAACUGAAGCCUGUCUUAGUCCUCAUCACCCCCAACCCCUAGAUUAAGCUGAGAAUCUGUUUUAUUUAUUUAUUUUUAUUUUAUGGCCAUUUUCUCGAGUUUCAUAAUUAUUUAAUAAAGU